UGUGACACUACAGUGUGCCGAUAGGAGGAGACUGUCAUCUUCCGUGCUUUCACCACAAAACUGACCCAAAACAGUGACGCCUCCUGUGCAUGUUUCUCAACACUUUUUUGUUGACUUGUGCGUACAAUUAUGCACUUUUGAUCGGCUUUACAACUCCUCCUUUUGGAUUUCAAAACAAAAGCACAAAAUCUGCGUCCCUCGACGGCCUCAUCCAUGCAUUGGAGUCCUGGGCCGCAACGCACCGGCUGCAGCCAUGGCGGCCAGGAACACCGCCGCUGGCGGCUGUGACCGAACGGAAGGCGAACCGGGAGAGAAUGUAAUUGUUGAGGAAAACCAAAUGACCUCCAUCUCUCUACCCAGUCUAAUGGCUCCGACCUCGAUGGUUGGCAUGUCCUUGGGCCUGGAAAUGCCCCGUAAACGAAAGGGCAGUGUGGACAACCAGGAAACUAAAUUGCCAUCCUUCUCAAGUGAAUAUAUGGAUGAGGACCAAAAUAGUUCUGAUGGAGAGGACCAACAUGCUAAAAUGAAAUGUUUUAGGGAACCACACAGCCAAAUUGAGAAAAGGAGACGGGACAAAAUGAACACGCUCAUUGACAAGCUGUCAGUCAUGAUUCCAACAUGUAACCCAAUGUCUCGUAAACUGGACAAACUCACUGUGCUCAGAAUGGCCGUGCAGCACCUCAAAUCCCUCAAAGGUUCCUCAAGCGCUUUUUCUGAACUCAACUGCAAGCCAUCAUUCCUGCCUGACGAGGAGCUCAAACACCUCGUCUUAAAGGCUGCGGAUGGCUUCCUGUUUGUAGUUGGCUGCGAUCGGGGGAAAAUUGUUUUUGUCUCUGAGUCCGUCUCGAAGAUAUUAAAUUAUAGUGGGGCAGAGCUGAUUGGACAGAGCUUCUUUGAUUAUGUACAUCCUAAAGACAUGGGAAAAGUAAAGGAGCAGCUGUCAGCGUCUGAACUGUACCCUCGUGAACGGCUAAUUGAUGCUAAAACUGGUCUGCAGGUGCAGGCAGACCUCCCGAUUGGAGCAGCACGAAUAUGUUCAGGCGCACGACGCUCUUUCUUCUACCGCAUGAAAUGUAACAAAAUAUCUGUCAAAGUUGAGGAGAAAGAAUUCCAGGCCAGCACCUCCAAAAAGAAAGAGUUACAGAAGUACUGCACAGUCCAUUGCACAGGCUACAUGCGCAGCUGGCCCUCAAGUCAGCUGGAAGCAGAGGGUGAGGGUGAUGCAGAGAAGCAGGAGAGCUCCCACUUCAGCUGUCUGGUCGCCGUGGGGCGCAUCCACUCCCACUUGUCUCCUCAAGUCAAUGGAGAUUUCCGGGUCAAACCCACCGAGUUCAUCACACGGUAUGCCAUGGAUGGCAAGUUCACCUUUGUCGACCAAAGAGCAACAACCAUUCUUGGUUAUCUUCCCCAAGAGUUGCUUGGGACUUCAUGCUAUGAAUACUUCCAUCAAGAUGACUUACCACAUUUAGCUGACCGGCAUCGAAAAGUGCUGCGGAGUAAAGAGAAAAUAGAGACAAAUCGCUACAAAUUCAAAACGAAAUAUGGCUCUUUUGUCACUCUGCAAAGUCAGUGGUUUAGUUUUGUAAACCCCUGGACCAAAGAAGUUGAAUAUAUUGUGUCAACCAAUACAGUUAUAUCGCAUGACCACAGUCGAACAAUCCGGUCAGGAAACAAGACUGAACAGUCAAACCCUUCAAAGGCUUUUGGAGAAGAUAGAAAGAAAUCUCUUCCAAUGAUACCAGGCAUCUCUACCACACCUGGCGUAUAUGCUGGAAGCAUCGGGACCCAGAUUGCCAAUGAGCUGCUUGACUUCCACAGAAUGAACUCAACGCCCUCCAGUGGUAGUGUGAGCCCGUUUAGUCUGCUACAGGACAAAUCUCCACUCACUGUUCACAAUCUAGUCAACAACAAUAUGCCAAAUGGUGAAGCCACAGAAAUGGAGAUCCCAGAGAAAUCGAGCUCAGAGGGUGACCCUAAAGGGGCUUUAUUCCCUGGAGAGGAGAAACUCAUGGGGGAGAACUCCCAGUUAGAUUUGGACAGCGUGGUUGAACCGGGCUUUGGGAAUCUUACCAAUGACGAGGCAGCUAUGGCCGUGAUCAUGAGACUUUUGGAGACAGACUCGAACUUGGGCGAAGCAGAGGACUUUGAAGAUAUGCACUGGUCCUUAUAGAAUCCACACUUGAAAAGCAAGACAGUGACACCAGGUUUUUAGUUUUUAAACCAAUCGUAUGAACUGUGCAGUCCUCAAAUGGCAAUAUGCAACCGUUUUGUCGGCGAAAAGGAACAUCUGCUCUUUCUCUGGAGGAGGUCAUGCGCCAAACUCGGCCUUACAGCAGUCUGCCUGCCAUGGAAAACCUUCAUCACAUUUACCUCUUUUCCACUACGGCUGUUUCAGAGUUGGUUCGGGUGGGUUCCAAAAGUUCCUGCAGAGAUUUUAUUUUCUGUUAUUAAGUGUGCUGAGCAAGAUAUGUUUUUUCUGAUUCUCGACUGUCUCCAAAAGCUUGUUGGGCGGAGUUACCUCCCGUCAUGGCCGGAUUUUAACCGUCCAAUUUUGCAAACAUUUUUCACUGCCAAUCACGAUGUCCGACAAACAGUGUAGUAAAUGAUGUUGAGUAUUAUUAAAAGUGAUUUUCACAGGCACAUUCUGUAAUAAUACAUUCGCUGUUAUUUUGGCCAUCAAAAGCGUGCUGCCGUGCCAUAGAAGGAAUGUGCUUCCACCGCUUACACACUAGAAACUUUGCUUUAUUCUAAGUUUUUCGUUUUAUUCACCCUCAUAUAACAUUUACUAUGUUUAUGGUUCAUAUAUUGGUGGCUGGAGAGAAAACUUUUAUUUGGAGCAGACCAUCACAGAGCUGUGUUACUGUGUGUUUGACCUAAUUUUACAUAACGUUUUCCUGUUUGCACUUAGUUUUUGUUUUUUUACGUGCUCAAAGUUAUGCACGUUUCUCUUAUUCGUAUUCUCUCAUCCAGCCUCCGUACACGCCCCAAAAGUACUUAAGUUUUGAAUGAAGGCAGGCUCAUUUUUAAUGAGGCGUAUUUGCUGUGACACCUUUUUUUGGUUGCAUGAAAAUUGUAGAACAUGGAGUUUUAAAUACCAGUUGUAAAUGUAAUUUAAAUCCAUGAAAAAGAUAACACUUUAAAUUUGAAAAGACUGUAUCCAUCCAGACAGUGCUUGUCAUGUGAACGUCUGUGUCGCCGUGGUAAUGUAGUGUGUGUAUGCACGCUUCAACAGCGUCUUCUACUUCCUGGCUGGUUGUGAAUAAUAAUCCCUAGAUAGAACUUUAUUUACUUAUUAUAACCAUCCUGAUGUCAUUUGUGGUGUUAAGAGUUAUGUUUCGUACAAAUGUUUGGGAAGCUGGGACGCGUCAGAGGGGCUUGAACAGCUUAUAUGUGUGUGUGUGUGUGCGUGUGCGUGCGACAGUUUGAUUUUAACUGUCAAAAAAUCAAUUGAUAGACGCCAUAUUUUAUACGUAUUUUCUAUAAAAUAGUCACAUAGUUCAAUAAUCACAGUCCUGACGCAUUGAAAUUCGGUUACGAUGUUCAAACACCACAGAUAUACGUUGUCUUCCGCUGUCACACUUACGAGACAACGAUGUGCAUUUCGAUUUAUGAUAGUUAAUAUAGAGUGACAUGAUGGUCAUUUCAUCUUCAUUUUAAUGGAUGUUUCCAGGUGUGUCAAUUGAAGCAAUCAGAAUGGAUUAGAUAGUUUUCUGGAAGUUUCGCUUAUCAUUUUAUUACAUGUGGUGUACACUGCAUCCCAACUUUAGGAGCAAUGCAAUAAUUCACCUUCUGGAGGCGCUGAACUUAUUCCAGCCUCAGAAACAUGUAAGAACAAAAGUACUUAAAAGUAAACUGCACUUUUUUGGAAUUUUGCCUAUCGUUCACAAUGAUUAUGAGAGACAAGAAGACAGACAUACUCUACAAAGCACCAACAAUACUUCCAUUUACAUUUUCUAACUUCAAUUUUAACCAAGUAUUAGUGAUAUUGUUAUUAUAAGCUCUAACGCAGACAAACUAUUUUAGUGGCGCGUUGUCGAGAGAGCUAACUAGCUUGUUGCUGCUAUAUUGGCAUUAUGAGCUAGUAGACUGCUUUCUUGCCUCCGACCGUUUAUUUUCGAUCAUAAAUAAUGCCUCUUACCUUGAAAGUAGAAGGAUGAGGACAUAACCUGACAAGUUGGUCAACUUUGGCAUCCAAUUUAGACCCGGAAAUGGUGAAAAAGACGCUGGUAUCCACACUCUUUUUUCUUUGCGAAGAUUAUGACUCAUUCUUGAUUAAACUGGAAGAUAUAAACAUUCCAUCAGUCGGCAUCCCAGUGACAGCAGACAGUGUACAGUAAGGGAUUGUUUAGUAUGCUUGUUGGCUAUCAUGAAGUCUGCAGUGAGUAGUAAUCAGGGAUGUUGACAAAUGAAAAAGCGAAAGUCAUGAUGCGCUUUUGAAGUUAAUGCAUCGCCGUAUGCUUUGAAUGAGCAAAAUGUGUAAAUAAUACAGGUUAUUUUGAAUGUGCCUGUUACUCAUUACAUAUAUACAUACAGUGUGUAUAUACAAACUUGAUGGAGGUGUUUGGAUGUUUUAAGCGCUUUAUAGGCAGAUUAGAGCGACUCCCACUAGCUUCAUUGUAAGCAGACUUUUGAUCUCAUUUAUUUACUAUUUAGAAUGCAUUUAAAAAAAAAGAAAAAUCUAGGUGUGCUUGUCUUACAUAAUGAUUGUGAAUGAUGGGCAAAAUUCCCCCAAAAAGUGCAGUUCUCCUUUUAAGUUGACGAGAGAAUACGCUUAGGGCCAGGUUUGUCAGGGAAUGCCCACAUUUAAGAUUGCUCUACUCAAAGUAUGUGGAUGAAGGCGCGCAGCCGUGUCUGCGCAGUUGCACACUAUUUUUCACAUAAGCACGUGGGAGAAUAGGGAGUUACAUGAAUCGUACUGUACAUGCAAUAACACCUGGAGGUGUUUUUCAUUGAUUAAUUGGUACAUAAUGGGGAACUGCACUUUUUUGGGAAUUUUGUCAAUCAUUCACAAUCCCUAUGUGAGACAAGAACACACGUUUUUUCUUUUUUUAUGCAUUCUAAUUCAUAAAAUUAGCAAGUAUGAGGUGGCUAAUAAUGCAGCCACUGUAAUGCCAUCCAUCCAUCCAUUUUCUACCGCUUGUCCCUUUUGGGGUCGCGGGGGGCGCUGGAGCCUAUCUCAGCUACAAUCGGGCGGAAGGCGGGGUACACCCUGGACAAGUCGCCACCUCAUCGCAGGGCCACUGUAAUGGAAGUACUCAAUUGCAUCUAUAAAGCCCAUUAAAAAUAUCCAAAAACCGCAACUCCAUUUACAUGCCAUGGCCUCAAUAUUAACCAAGUAUUAGCGAUAUUGUUAUUAUAAGUGCUAAAGUUAAGUAACCAUUUUAAGCGGAGCUGUGAUCACAGAGAGCUAACUAGCUUUUGCAGCUACAGUAAUGACAUACUGAACUGCUUCUUUGCCUCUGAGUUGGUGAAAGUUAAUUCUAAAUUAUAAAUCAUGCCUCUCACCUGGAUGAUAGGAAGUUAUUGCCAUAAACCGAGACGUUGAUAAACUUUGACAUCCAACUUGAACCCAGAGAUGGAAACAAAGACGCUCGUUUGCGCCCACCCUUUUUUAAGAAAUAAUUCCUCAUCUAAACGGGAAGAUAUAAACAUCUCAUCAGUCAGCAUUUUAGUGAGAGCAGACAUUUUACAGUUGGUGCUUAUUUUAUUAUGUUCGUAGUUUUUUAUUUCUCUUUUAGCGCUUAGCGAUACUGAUACUUAUCACUCAGCUUCUAAAACUUGGAACUCAUCCUCUGUAUAUUCAGGCUCAAAAAUAUAAGGUCUUGGAUCAUUAUUUGUCCCAAAGUAGUCCUUGUCUCAUAUGAAGUCUGCCAUGAUUAGUAGUAGUUAAUUUUGUUGUCGAGGGAAAUAGCUAACCUUGUGAUGUGUCUGUGUAAUUAAUACGCUACUGUAUGCUUAAAAUGACUAAGAUACAUAAAUACUACAUGUUGUUAUGAAUGUGUCUGUUACUGCAUUAUAUAUAUACCUAGUGUGUAUACAAAACGUUUUCGGAGUUUUUCAGAGCAAUUCAUACGAGAAAUACAUCGAAACCCAUUUUACCCAUUGUUAGCUGACUUUUGUUAGCAUUUAUUUACGAGUUAGAAUGCAUAAAAAAAGAAAAACGUGUGCUUGUCUCACAUAAGAAUUGUGAAUGAUAGGCAACAUUCUAGAAGUGCAGUUUCCCUUUAAAUACUGUGAUAUAAUGGCAUGGUUUUCCAGGAUGGUGAAAUGGGGUGGUGUGCUUUGAACUGCAUCGCCUCCGAACUAACCGGUCAUCAGCACCAAAGUUGGCUAUAGUGGAAAAGGAGUGACUGUCAUUUAGUGAGGACUAACACAGUUGGAGAAUCUUAGUGGUUUGGCAGUCCCACUUAUACUUGAACAGAGGACAGGAAUAAUGCAACAAAAUGCACUGAAUCAACUUGCUGUUUUUUUGUUGUAAUUUUUUUUACGGUGUACUUUAAAAGUGUCUGUGAACCCUGCCCUCUAUACCCGCUUCUCAGACCAUUUGCACGGUUCAGCAGCCAUUUUUUAAAAUCAUGAGACCUUAUGGUUUUGUGAGCAUAAUAGCACUUAAAUAGACAUUUAAAGCCAAUGACUACACAAUCACCUCACACCUGUUAAAUUAUAGUUUUUUGUCUGAGUGAUAUAGCAGUAGAAAAGGUGACUACUCAGGAGAUGGUGGAUAAAAGCCACCAGAUUUAAACAUACAGUAUAGUGACGCAGUUCUUAGUAGCAGUAGUUAACAUAGUUCCCUACUUAUUGUAACCUGAAAUAUGUUUUGGUUCACAUGUGCAACAGUGUACUUACGGUCUGUUUCAUAGUGUCCCGAAAGGAUAGAGUUUAGAUGUUUAUUCAUGUUAUUUUCAAUGGCAGUCAUCCAUGCAUAGAUUUUAGGGUUAUAUUAUGCAGUCGUCAUUCCAUAAAUGUUGAAAGUAGGCCCUAUUUUCCCAGGCUUACUCCCCAUAUCAAGCAGGUACAUUUGUUGCUGUACCGUGAUUUACAUUUGAAUGAGUCCUUCACUUGCAGUCAUCCCGUUGCCAUUCUUACCUCAUCUUGUAUCACAAUAAAGACUGACCUGCAUGUACGCAGUGAAGUAAAAUGGGCUCAAAAGGAGCUUUAUGACAGUAUGUCAACUCUGAAUAUGUAUACUAAAGUAUUAGGUUAUAUAGAUUAGAUAUAUAUUCAUCCGGAAGAACAUUUGUGAGAUGUCACUAAUUCUUAUUCAUCCCAAAGGUUUUAAGAGCUUGGAUUUGUUGUUUGAAGUUUCAUAUAUAAUGUGUUAAGACUAUAUAUACAUGUUAAAUGGUACCCUAAUGAUGAAAAGUAGAAUUUAUAUUUCUACAUGAUUUAAAGGAACGUAUUGCAUUAUAAUGUGUUUUAAAAGAAAUGUGUUCCACACCAAUAUGUGAUAUUGUAACCUUCAUUUGUCAUGAUAAAAUGAGUGCAUGAAAUCAAGAAUACACAUAGACUUUAUUGAGCACCCACUCAGUUAACUGACACCAAUUUGGCCACACUGAAUUGAGAGUAAUAUAAAUCCAUGCUGCCAUUUUUUCCUAUUGGUAUCUCUUAAGGUUUUAUAAUAACAUCUGUGUAUAAAUCAUGAUCUGAAGAAUGAUGUCUUUCCUGUCAUAUGCUUGAAAUAUGAUGUGUCCACGGAUGGAGCAUCUUACCUCACGGACGCUCUCGCUUGUGUCCAAAGUGCCUUUGGACGUUUCCGCCAUGACACACGAUAAGCAUGUUUGUGAUUUUUUUUUGUCUUUAAUUGUUUGUUUUUUUUGGUUACACAUCACCUAACUGAAAGGAGAGGGCAUCUUGUACUACGUUCAAAUGCAUUUUUGGACCCAACUUGACACCAUGUGGCACAAUUUAUUGACUGCAUUAACUAUCUGACCAAACUUGGGGAACAGGGCAGCUUUUCACAGACACAGGCUAUCACUAUCCGUUUUCUAUUAUCUGUCUGUGUUUUCUAUUUGGAUUCAAUUAUCGUCCUGUUGUAGUUCUACAUUUCUGAUGUAUUGUGGGUGCUUACACUAAAGCUUCUUUUGUGAAUAACCAACCAUCCAGGAAGAUGUCAUUCUUUGCCUCAUACUCUUUUUGAACUGAAACGGUAACAUUUCUGUUUUCAUUUGCAUGCCACUUACAAUACUCUUUAACUGGCACUUGUGUGCCUUGAUACAGUUGACUGCCCAUGCACAGGAAGUAGAACGCUGACCUUUUGAGCUUGAAUUUAACACUCGUUGAAACUUCUUUCAGCCACUUCCUGCCACUCUGACUCAAGCGGAAGCCCUUACUGUAUUGUUCCAUGUUGCUGCUACAAUGAACUGAUGUCUCUGGCCAUCUUGUCAAUAAAUGUUAGUUUACUCUCAAUGUACUGUGACCUGAAUUUGACAUGAUUUA